UGCGAUACUGCGAUAGGUCAAUCGCUUUCUGGUAUAAUCUUCCUUCCGGUCGCAGGGUUUACAGACAAAUCUAGCCUGUUCAUAUAUGGAAUCACUCGAAGAAAAUCUCCGCUGCCGGUCUUGCCAGUUUAUUAACAGGAAGGUCUUUUAUGUUGUCCUUCAUCCUCCUACUACCUGUCAACAUCAGCUUGACAUCCCUUCUUCACUUUCGUCACUUUUCCUACUCGUUCCACGAUGUGCCGCCGUCGCCAAGUCAGGAAUGUCUACACCCGAUGUGGACACGCUGUCAACCUGCCCGAAGAAAUUGUAUAACGAUUACUACGCGUGCAAUAUUGCGACAUUCCUCUCAUAUUUACCACUGUUUUAGAUUUCGUGCGAGGAGUCUACCUGCAAGUUUAGUCUUUUCCAUCCUGCGAAAUGCAAACCGCCAGCUUGUCGGCAGACCUGUUGGCAAUACUGUCGUUAUCCUGAGCAGUAUUGUACGACGACAGUUUAAAUAUUUCUGUCCUUUCCCGCUAACAUUCUUGAUAACCCCCCACAUUGGUUCAUAUUGCCCUGCUUGCAAUACCAAGGCUGUUGAGCCGCAGGUGAAGCAUCCCUUGUACCAGCUUGCCUCCAAAUCGUAACGCUGAUAGUUUCAUUAUGUGACUAGCAUUAUACCUAGACACUGGCAUAUCCU